AUGGCCACUCCAAAUACUUCGAAUGCUGCUGGUUCAAAACCGUUUAAUCGAAUGCAAGCUGCCAAAGUUAGACUUAUUCCUGAUGGCCGAAAGCAGCAAUUAAAUACUCGUUAUUUGGUUACUUUGCCUGGAGUUCUCAAAUUGGCAGAAUUGUUAGUAGGGUUUGUUGCCUUUAUUUUGGCUAUUUGUGCUGAUCGUCGUUCAACUGCAUCAGCAUGGACUGCUCAUAUAACUUUUGAAACAACAAUUGUUGUUUGCAUAUUAAUUCUUCUUUAUGUAGUUUUCCCUCAUUUAUCAUUAUCAGAUGAACGUAACAGAGAAGGACUUGUUGUUGUGGAACUUAUAUUUUAUGGUUUAAAUACUUUACUUUUCUUUAUCGCUAUUUGGUUAAUGAUACAUUUGGCAUGGGGAAGUCUUUCAGAUAGUCGAGGGGCAGCAAUAAUGGGAGCAAUUUUUUGUUUUGCUCUUUGUGUAAUUUAUGCUGUCGAAACAUUUAUAAAAUAUAUGCAAUGGGUGGGCCAAGAUAUUUUUCCUCAACCAGCAGACAGCCCUUAUGUACACCGCGUGCCACCAGCACCCGCACAAGAAAUGGAAAAAAGAUAUGAACCAAAAAAUGGAAAUGAAGAACACGUGGCAGUUUAA